AAAUUCUAACAAGCCACUCCACUCCACCAAUCUCAAAAAUAUGGCCAUGCCUCAACCAAAUAUAAUAGAAAACCCCAUAAAACUUGGCAAAUUCAGGAAUAAUAUUAAUAAUAUUUCUCAAAAAAGAAAUACUACAAGAUUAUCUUUGUGGGCCUUUGUUUUUUCAAUUAUCAUGUAUAUUUCUGUCUUUUAUAUGUUCAACCUCUCCCCAUAUACUCUUGUUAGCACCACCAACUUUUGGUUCUUCAUCUCCAACACCCUCAUUCUCAUUAUUGCUGCUGAUUUUAAUUUUGGCUCCUCUUCAAGUGAUCAAGAAUAUUUAUUUCAAGAAUACAUGAAAAAUUGUCAAGAAAAAAGUACUAUUACUACUAGUACUUCAACAUUCAAUUAUUCUCCAUAUAAUGCUAUUGAUAAAAUGGAAAUUAUUAUUCCUCAUGAAGAGGUCGUUAUGAUCACAAAAGAAGAAGAAGAUAUAAAAGAUGUGGUUCUUGUAGAAAAUGACAAACAAGAGGAAGAAAUAAUCAAUACUAUUAAUGAGGAAAAUGAAAUUUAUCAAGAAGAUAAGAAGGAAAAGAGUGGUGAAGUCGAAUGCACGUUGAGUAAAAAAGUACAGGCCGAUGCAUUAAAGUUUCCACUAUGUGCACGAUCCGAAGAAGUAAAAUGCACUCGGAGUAAGUCAGACUUAAAAGCAAUAAUAAUGGUGGAAACAAAUGAGAAUAAUGAUGAGAAGAAGAUAAAUAAUGGGAUAAUUCAAAGAUCAAAAUCUGAGAGAUAUGAUUUUGUAGCAAAUAAUGGAGAUGAAGAAAUUAAUGAUGAAUUCUCAGAGAUGUCAGUGGAGGAAUUGAAUAGAAGAGUGGAGGAGUUUAUUCAAAGAUUUAAUAGACAAAUUAGACUUCAAGCUGCUUCAAGAAAGAAUCUAUAAGUUGUCUUCCUGUAUGUAAGAAAAAAAAAAACUCGGUUCAUUAAACCUCCCACUAUUUGUGCGGUUUAAUUUGAGGUCACAGUCCACAAAGGUCUAUUGUGUGUAUAUACAUAUAUAUAUAUAUAUACAUAUAUGCAAUAUUGCCCUGUGUUUUGCAUGGAAUUGUUUCCACGACUUGAGUUAUCUUCCUAUAUGUAUGUUUUGUUUUGGUUGUCUUGUGUUCCAUUUUGUUUUUCUUAAUUAAUAAUGUGUAUGUAAAGGCUUUAGACAUAAAAAGUUUUUCCUG